AUGCUUGGACCAAAGGUGGAUCAGUCUGAAUUAAAAGAUGCAUGUCUCUAUUAUCAACCUCAUACAAAGGAAAAUAACUGCCUCGAGAUCAUCAUUAGCACUUAUGAACAACAAGAAUAUGCCUGGAAAUACGGUCAUCAAAAUCUCAUUCUUGUUGAUGGAACUUUUGGAAUUAGCAGGCACAAAUUACUUCUAUUUAUUGUCAUGGUUAUUGAUAGCAAUAAUAAAGGCAUUCCUAUUUCUUUUAUCCUCUUUACACCACCUCGAUCUAAUCGAUUAACAUCUUCUGGAUAUGAUAGUAAAAUUCUGGAACGACUUUUUACAAUCUUCCGUGAUAAGAUAAGUGAUAAUUACAAUAAAAAAAAUCAAUCUCUAGCUACUCCUGUUAUAUUUAGCCCCCGCGCUGCAAUGACUGAUACUGAUAUCAAAGAGCGGAAGUCAUUAUCAAAAGUAUGGCCAGGAAUAAUUCUACUUCUUUGUUACUUUCACAUAAGUCAAUGUUGCAAGAAUGAGAUUAAUAAACAAUUAGGUCGUGGUGGCGAAAAUAAAGUAAUUUUAUUACGACAAACCUUAAAAGCAUUUUUAAAAAGUGUCUUAAAUGAGGCUCGGUUAAUGGAUGGUAGUGAGGAGAUGGUAUGUAAUUAUAUCACAAAAAAAAAAGAAUCAUUAGAGUGUAUUUAUAAGGCAAAAAACUUGUCAGAAAAUAAAAAAAUUCUAGAAGGUGGUUUAAAUUUUUUAUCUUACCUGAAAAAACAAUGGGGUGGAGAUCUUUUGUCUAGUUGGUGCCUUAAUGGACGAAUGAAUGCUGCCAAAGCUCUCGGAAUUCCUUUAGAAAAACUUCCUACUAUGAAUAACCAUCUUGAGGGGAUGAAUGAGUAUCUAAAAAAUAACCAAUUAAACCGAUUCCAAAGAAAUAAUAGACCCCUUAGAGCUGAUAUACUAUAUAUUGUUCUUGUGCAUGAAGUUAUUCCUAAUAUCUUGACAUUGCGAAACCUUGCUAUAAAUUUUGAAUGUGAAAAAGAAGAAUGA